ACAACACUCAAUCCGUGUCGCGACGUGUGAUGAACGUAUAAUUUCUCACUAUUACCGCCCAUCCCAAGCUCACUACCGCCAUCACAUACAAUCCCACCCACGACCCACCGCAUGCCUCUGCGACGCCGCCAUGAGCAUGGCUAACUACUCGGCCAUCGCCGACCACGACCCCAUGUCCGCCAGCACCGAGUCGCUGCGCGGGCGACGGCGCGGCCGCGGCAAGCACGACGCCGGCCACCAUGGGAACGCCUCGUGGAUCUCCAGCGUUAUCAACCUGGCCAACACCAUCCUCGGCGCCGGCCUGCUCGCCAUGCCCUCGGCCCUGUCCAAGAUGGGCAUCUUCCUGGGCAUCUUUGUGAUUGCCUGGGCGGGGUUCACGUCGGGCUUCGGCCUGUACCUGCAGACGCGGUGCGCGCGCUAUGUCGACCGCGGCCAUGCCUCCUUCGCCGCGCUGUCGCAGCUCACCUACCCGAACGCCUCGAUCCUGUUCGACGCCGCCAUCGCCGUCAAGUGCUUCGGCGUGGCCGUCAGCUACCUGAUCAUCAUCGGCGACCUGAUGCCGGGCGUCGUCGUGGGCUUUGCGCCGGGCGCCAAAGACGUUGCCUUCCUGGUCGACCGCCAGUUCUGGAUCACCGCGUUCAUGCUCAUCGUCAUUCCACUGUCGUUCCUGCGCCGCCUCGACUCCCUCAAAUACACCUCCAUCAUCGCCCUCUUCUCCAUCGCCUACCUCGUCAUCCUCGUCGUCGCCCACUACAUCAAAGGCGACACCCUCGCCCAGCGCGGCCCCGUGCGCGUCUUCGAAUGGGCCGGCCCCAUCAACGCCCUCGCCGCCUUCCCGGUGAUUGUCUUCGCCUACACGUGCCACCAGAACAUGUUCUCCAUCCUCAACGAAAUCAGCGACAACUCGCACUUCCGCACCACCACCGUGAUCCUGGCCUCCAUCGGCGGCGGCUGCGCCCUGUACAUCCUCACCGGCAUCACCGGCUACCUGUCCUACGGCGACAACAUCACCGGUAACAUCGUCUCCAUGUACCCGACCGCCGCGCCCGCAACCAUCGGCCGCUUCGCCAUCGUCGUGCUGGUCAUGUUCUCCUACCCGCUGCAGAUCCACCCGUGCCGGGCCUCGAUCGCAGCCUGCGCAUCCUGGCGCCCGCGCCGCAGCCCCCCACGCUCGCCUAGCCCCUCGCUGCUGCCCCCAUCCACCCCUAAAGCCCAGGAAAUGUCCGAUCUCCGCUUCGCCCUCGUCACCACCGCGCUCAUCGUCGCCUCCUUCCUCACCGCCAUGACCGUCUCCUCGCUCUCCCUGGUCCUCGCCUACGUCGGCUCCACGGGCUCCACCACCAUCUCCUUCAUCCUACCCGGCCUAUUCUACUACAAGAUCGCGGACCCGCAGUCCGCGGCGCACCAGCGCCUGGUUAAAGACGAAGACGACGCUGAGGACUUCGGACUCGGUGUUGAAGGGGGUGCGACGAGGGAGGGUGUCGAGGGCAGGGAGAGGCGCAGGGGGUUGCUGAGGGCUGCGGCGCUGGGGUUGGCGCUGUAUGGCGUUGUGGUUAUGGUUACGUGUUUGGCGAUUAAUAUUGGGUUUGGAGGGGGCGGGCACUGAGCGAGUCGCCCGCAG